UAAUAGAAAUUCAAAAGAAAAAUGGGCAAAUACUCUAUCAACUAUUAAAUAAUCAAAAUAAUACUAGUAUUGGUUCUUCUGGCAAUAAUUUUGAUGAUAGUUCUUUCAGUGAUAGUUCUUCUAGUGGUAGUUCCUCCAGUGGUGAUUUUUCUGGUAAUGGUUCUUCUAGUAGUAAUUCUUCUGGUAGUAGUUCUUUCAGUAAUGAUUUUAAAUCUGAUAAUACUAUAAAAAUGCAUUGA